AUGAAUGGCAUAAAAAUGUCACUCAUCUCUCCAAAAUGGCAUUCCGCUAAUACAAAUAUGGUAAAGAAUGCAAAAUCAUUGGGAUCAUUGACAUUUUCUCGAUUUAUGAGUCAACAACCGAUUAGAAUGCUAGAUAUCCCGUUUAUGCAAUGCUACGUGGAACCGAAAGACAAUUACUCCGUAAUGACACAUCCUUUCAAAAAACUUCGCCAAUGGUGGAGAUCUCUUCGUUAUAGAAAUAUAAAUAUUUAUAAGAGUCGUUAUUAUCUACGCCGAAACUUUCCCGGCCGUACUUUUAGUGUGAAUUCAAUAAUCGGAGAGGCCGUUCGUUUACAUUCUUCUGUCAAUAGUGCUUUAGCUAGCCAUGAUAGUCAAGUGUUAGAAAAUAACUGCACCAUUCGAGCUUCCCAACUUUUAAGAAAUCAAUCAAAGCAACUACCUAAAUGUGAAUGGAAAGUUGAGAAACACUUGAGCCCUCCGAAGUUACUGAAUAUAACCUGUGCUCAAGCUGAUAUUCAAGGAAACGAAUGUUUUAUUCAAGCAGUUGUCCGAUUACAUACCCUUCAAUCUGUAAGUCUUGAUCAAGCAUCUCCUUCAUUGACACGUUCAAAAGAAGAGAUUGAAAAUGUUGUUAUUCAGCAAUGUUCAUGGAUCCCUCCAGCACGUUGGCAAUUCUGGGGUCUCGUCUCCUCAACACCAGAAAAAGCUUUGAAAAAGAAACUUCCGGACGGACAAACUGCUUUUGUCGAGCCCAAAGCAUAA